GGAAUAAACAAGUGAAUUAUACUUUGGAUGUACUAGUGUUUGUUUCAACUGAAUAAUUAUGAGUUGCGGCGGCGAUGAGACGCGCUCCAGUCGUAACGGAUCGUCGAUUGAUGAGAGUUUGCUUGUGGAUCCCAAACUGUUGUUCAUCGGCUCCAAGAUUGGUGAAGGCGCUCACGGCAAAGUCUACCAAGGAAGGUAUGGUAGCCAGAUUGUUGCAAUCAAAGUUCUCCACCGCGGCACCAAACCUGACGAGAAAUCUUCUCUCGAGAGCCGUUUCAUCCGCGAAGUCAAUAUGAUGUCCCGCGUUCAACAUGAUAACCUCGUCAAGUUUAUUGGAGCCUGCAAAGAUCCUUUAAUGGUUAUAGUAACUGAGCUUCUCCCUGGGAUGUCCCUCCGUAAAUAUCUUACCAGCAUCCGUCCUGAGAUGCUCCAUCUCCGCACUGCUCUCAGCUUUGCCCUUGACAUUGCCCGUGCCUUGGACUGCUUACACGCCAACGGAAUCAUACACAGAGACCUCAAACCUGACAACUUAUUACUCACCGAGAAUCACAAAUCCGUCAAGCUUGCUGAUUUUGGGCUUGCUAGGGAAGAAACCGUCACUGAGAUGAUGACUGCAGAGACUGGGACAUACCGUUGGAUGGCUCCUGAGCUCUACAGUACAGUCACGCUGCGUCAAGGAGAGAAGAAGCAUUACAACAACAAAGUUGAUGUCUACAGCUUUGGGAUCGUGCUAUGGGAGCUUCUCACUAAUCGUAUGCCAUUUGAGGGCAUGUCCAACCUGCAAGCCGCCUACGCAGCAGCAUUCAAGCAGGAGAGGCCGGGAAUGCCAGAGGGGAUAUCUCCGAGUCUGGCGUUCAUAGUGCAGUCUUGUUGGGUGGAGGACCCAAACAUGAGGCCAAGCUUCAGCCAAAUUAUCAGACUGCUCAAUGAGUUCCUCCUUACCCUCACUCCUCCGCCUCCUCAGCCUCUGCCUGAGACUGACACCAACAGGACCAACGGCAGAGCCAUCACUGAGUUCUCCAGCCGCGCAAAAGGGAAAUUUGCCUUCAUUCGCCAGCUCUUCGCUGCUAAGAGGAACAUAAACUCUUAGGUACAUUGCCACUGCCACUGCCACUGCUUUGGUGAAUAAAUGACAUUAGCAGAG